GAGCCGUCUGGGGCAUCAACCAGUGAAGUUACAGCAUCACCUAAUUCACGUCGGAAACAGAAUCUCUCAAAAUUAGGAGAAGGCGAUGAUGUCACUAUCGUCAGUUUUCCGAAUGGGCGUCCUCCUCCAUGCCCACAAGAUCUUUCUUCUAUACCAGUUUAUCUCACUGAAAUGCAGCGUGAACUCUUCUUUUCUUUCAUUCGUCCAGUCUCCUCAUCGACCGAUGGAGCUCAUAAAUGUAUGCAGUGCGGGCAGAUUGUUGCGAAUAUGAUGGAAGGGAGGCGACAUGCAGUUGGGCAUCUUCGCAUAAUGCGUUUACGUUGUGCACUAUGUGACUGUGGAUCCUUCUUUUGUUCAGACAUGCGUACUCACUUGCAAAUGAGACAUUGUGAAAUGCUGCACCGAGCUCCAAAAGGUUAUGUUCUGCCUGGAGACGUGACCCCUUGUAUGACUGAUGCUCAGGCAGAUGAGCUCACCAAACUUGUUGAUCCAAUGAAACCUGGUCGAGUGAUGUACACGUCUGGGAUGAUUGUUAGUGCAGCCAGUCACAAACCGUAUUACCCAGACGCGGCAAUUGAAGAAAGAGUUUUGGGAUCUGCAAGACCUGCAGUUUUCAAUGGAAGCCCUCAGAAAGGUACCUCUCCAGCACCUAAAGGUCCUGAAGGUUGA